AUGAAUCGACCAUGUAAUAUUAGUAAAAAAAAAGGAUCAUCAGCUGCCAAUCUUCAAGCUCAAAAGUCGAAGCAAGUGGAAAGUCUUAAGAAAAUUGGGGCUGUAGAAAUACUAAGAGACCAAGAAUACAGAGUCAACGUUAAACAAGUAAUUCCACCACCCCUCCCCCCUCGAAGAAAUCAAGGGACUGUGGGUGACCUGGGAUUGGAUCAGUUGACACUUGGGCACUCACAAAUAACAAACAUAUUGUCAGAGUUCCCAGCUCUGAAGGAUAUGAAACUAUUUGAGCUUGAGGAACUGAUGAGUGAUGAAGAAAAAAUAACAGAGAUGGUCCAAAAGUCACAAGAAUUGAUAAAAUUUACUCAACAACUAGAAGAGCUUUCCUCAGCUUGUGUUCAUUUAGCAAAAAGUAACUUAUCCAAAAAGCCUGAUAUUGACAGUCUUAAACAAAGUAUAAAAGAAAAGAAUAUUGAACUGGAAAAUUUAAAAGUAGAAUUUGAGAAGCACUGUGAGCACCACAUGACAUUGUCUGACCAAUACCAUCCGUUACAUAUACAAUCAAAUCUUAAAGUAGCUGUUAUGGAAGCUGAUGAAGAAUCAGAAAUUAUAGCAGAGCAAUUUUUGGAAAAAGAAAUAGAUGUUGAUGAGUUUUUGAAAAAGUUCAUGGAAAAAAGAACAUUGUGCCAUUUACGUCGAGCUAAAGAAGAGAAACUGAACCAUAUUAUAUUAUCUCCAGGCCUUCGAUUCUAAAUACUGAUUUGUUAUUACGCUUAUAUCUUGUAUUUACUUAACUUAUUUCUUGUCAAGUAUUACUUAUUGUAAUUUGCAUUCUUAGUGAGGCACUGGAAAAGCAAACAAAGAUGUGUGAAAAAUUGGCAUUUUUUUAAAAUGAAAAUUCCUUUGUUGUGUUUUUAUAUUUUAUUAUAAAAUUUUUGUUUGAUUAAUCUACUUAUUAAAAAAAACUGAGGGUUAAGUAGUGUUUACAAUAACUACACUUGUAAUGUUCUAGUCAAUCACUUUAAUUGAACUGUAUGAUUGAAUUUGUAGUUCUAUCACUUUGAUGAGGUUUGUUACCUCUCUUUCCACUAGUUAACUACCAUAAAAGGUUAAAGGAUUUUAAAAUUAACACAGAUUUACAUAGAGAAAAGAAGUGAAUUAAUAUAGAGCCGCUAUUUCCAACCUUUAAAUUGCAACAUUGUUUUAUUAAUGAAUAUUUUGUUACCAGUGUUUAGAUAAUUUAAACCAAAAUGCUUAUAGGGAGUUAUAUUUUUAAAAUUAUUUGGUACAAAAUUAAGAUUGUAUUAUUUGUUUAUGGGUACUAACAAAUUUCCUCGACUUAGAAGAAUCAGCUUAAAACCCAGAUAAAAAAAAUAAUAGUUCUUUUUAAAAAAAAUUAUUUAUUGUUGGGAUUAAAUAAUAAGUAUGCUGCUGAUAAAUAUUCACUGUUGUUGAUUUUAAUUUUUAGCUAUUAAAUUGUUUUAC